CAACCUAUUUGAGAUGGCAGGUGGUAUGAUCGGUCAUUCUUUCCUGCAUGGUGGGUUCAGCUUCUCUGGACUCAGUUUGCCUGUGGUGACCCUAUUGACUGGUGAGAGCAUCGACACUGCAGCAUCAGCUCUGACACUGGAGGACUGUCCUGAUAUCGACCAUCGUGAAACAAUUGGUUUGCUGAAGAAUGCUGAACUUACUGCAGAAGAAAACACCAAAGUGACUGAUCUUUGCCUGUCCUGGGAUCUUCCAUUUCCAACCUCCACCAAUCGUGUCUGGCUGUUCCAGGAACUGCUUUCACAUGCAGUACUUCACCGUGUUAAACAGCCAAUUAAACAAAUACGGAAAGGCCUUAAACAAACAGGAAUCUGGCCACUUCUUUCAGAUAGGCCAGAUGUCCACCCCUUAAUUUUCCCAAGGGAGUCAAGUGAGGAGCUUAACCCACAGACAGUGGCCCAGAGCAUUACCUGGCCACAACCCGACUUUGACAGCGACGAGGAUGAGGACGACACUGUUCCAUUGGAGAAAAUCAGUCUUGUCACUGGAUUUUUGAGAAAAUUCAUAGAGGAAGCGUCAUCAGAUGUUCUGCGUGACCUGAUGAAGUUUUGGGUGGGGUGGGAACUGCCAACAACAAAACUCAAUGUUGAGGUUGUAAGCUCAACUUAUCCAGUGGCUCUCACCUGCUUCUUCAAGUUGAAACUCCCCAGCCACUACCAGACCUACAAGAUUUUUCACCAGGACUUGAUAAUGGCCCUCAGUUCCGUAAGUUCUGGCUUUGGACUUGUGUAGGUGCAAAUGUCAUCAACUUCUUGCACUCAGCCCCUCUUUUGAAAUGGAAUCACUUAAAAGAGCAAUUCCUGCUAAUUUAUGCACCAUUAACGUUAUAAAGUUUGAUUAUUCUACUUGAUUGUCAGGCACCACCUUCACCUGUCAAUAAAUACUUUGGAGUUGGUUUGGUGGUUGUCUUUAGCCUGUGUUUUUUUAAUUUGCACUAGUUCUUUAGUGAUUUUCAUAUUCUUAAUCUAGCUGCUAGUGUACUUUUGUGAUGUCCUCUGCAAUGCAAUGAGCUUGGAUCAUAUAAAGAUCAUCUCUUUGAGAGCUGUGGCAGCUUUCUUGGCCUCUCUAGUUCAUUAAGCUCAGACUUCCAUAGACAUUUAGUUGUAAUUAUUGAACAGUUUAUACAGCUAGUACAUGUUUAAUACAUUCAGAUGUUUAGGUAGAUACCAGCUUCUCCAAUAUUACUGUUGCCCUUUUACAGUAAUGUUCUAAAUGACAGUGUGUACACCUAACAAUGUUGGUUUUGUAAAGCCGAUUUGUCUAAAUUUGUUACCCCUUUACAGUGAUGUGUUGUAAAUACAACUGUACUGCUACAUUUGAUAAAUUUACACAAGACU